AUGCAUGCACAAGGCAUGGAUAUCGAAUUCCGAGCGUACCCAAUGUCUACAAUUACACAGGAAGCAAAGGAUAUGAUAUCCGGUUUGUUACGAGUUAACGUAGCAGAAAGGCUUACUGCUAAACAAUGUUUGAUGGCACCAUGGAUGAAUCCAACAUCUGAAGCAUAUGUAAAACAGGAUAUGCGGAAGCUCUUCAGACAGUCCAUCAUCCUGGUGCGAUUUUUUUGUCGUCUUCAAAAGUACAAAUAUCUCAAGACCUAUGUCGAUCGCGAGUCUCUUCGGAAGCGUCCUUUCAGAGAUCGGGAAUGUGUUAGACCAUUUGUGAACUAUUCCGAAUGCAGGAUAGAUGUUGACGGGUUAGAAGUGUUGUUCCCUUAUGAUUAUGUCUACCCAGAACAAGUGUUGUAUAUGCAGGAGGUGAAGAAGGCUAUCGAUGCACAGGUAGGGGCACUGCCUUCUGGAAAUGCCGUCCGGUACGGGGAAGACUGUAUCGCUACUUCUUUGGUUGUGGCCUACAUGAGGAGAUUUCUGAUCGCUCGGUACGAAGCAUUGAUUUUCCGAUUAUACGCAAUACAAUGGCGCCAUCUCCAUUUGUUCGGCUGUUGCGAUGUCUGCUCGGAAAAAUUCUUGUGCAUAAAUAAUUGUAAGCAUCGUUGCAGCAAGCACAGGAGUUACAAUGCUCAUGUUGGACGAUACUUGUAUCGCAUAGGUUCAUUGGUGGACGGUGGUUGUCAAAGGCUAACUGCUAGCUUCGUUCGCGCACGUCGUCAAUUUGAUCCGUCCAUACCGGCGUGUUCGUUUUUCGAGACCCUCAAUACUCAACAACAGUUCAGUCUCCCUCCUGGAAUAUACAACCUCAGUGAUCUUAAACAACUUGGUCGCGACCGUGGUAUUUGUCCAUACUUUGUCGCUCGAGAAGCGAUAAGGAAAGCUUCCAUAGUAGUGUACUCCUACCACUAUAUUCUCGAUCCCAAAAUCGCUGAAUUAGUGUCGAAAGAUUUCAGCCGCAGAUCGUGUGUGGUGUUUGACGAAGCGCAUAACAUCGAUAAUGUCUGCAUCGAAUCUAUGUCGAUUACUAUCACUCAAAAACAUACAGAAAAGGCCGCGCAAGAACUAGUGAAACUUGAGUCAGCAGUUCAGCGUAUGAAGUCAGAGAAUUCAGAAAGAUUGCAGAAUGAGUACGAAAAGCUAGUUGAAGGAUUGAGGAGAUCGGAACAGGAAAGAGCUAAUGAUGAGCGAUUAGCGAAUCCUGUUCUACCCGAUGCGAUAUUACAUGAAGCCGUUCCUGGUUCGAUAAGGACUGCGCAACAUUUUGUAAUGUUCAUGAAAAGGGUCGUUGAAUACGUGAGGCACAGAAUGAGGAGCUCUCAGGUACUUCUCGAAAGUCCAGCCGCAUUCGUGAAAGACAUCCAGGAUAGAAUGUAUAUUGACAGAAAACCCUUGAGGUUUUGUGCUGAACGAUUGGAUAAUCUGACGAGAACGCUCGAAGUUGCAGAUGCAUCUGAUUUCCGAUGUUUGUCCCAAAUAGCUAUCCUGGCUACUCUCGUGAGCACGUACUCCAAGGGAUUUUCCGUGAUCAUUGAGCCAAGUGAGUCGAAUCAACCUGCACAAUUAACGCUGUCAUGUAUGGAUGCUUCAAUCGCUAUCAGACCAGUUAUGGAACGGUUUCAAACGGUUGUGAUCACGUCGGGUACCCUCUCACCGCUAGAGAUGUACCCAAAAAUCCUUGACUUCGACCCUGCUGUUAUGGCUAGCCUCACAAUGACUCUUGCUCGCCCCUGCUUGAGUCCUUUGGUCGUCGCGAGAGGGAAUGAUCAGGUUGCGAUGACAUCUCGCUUUGAACAGAGGAAUGAUGUUGCUGUUAUCCGAAAUUAUGGGAAUCUGGUGCUAGAAAUGGCUGCUGUUGUCCCCGAUGGAAUGGUCGUGUUUUUCACCAGCUACGUGUACAUGGAACAAGUAAUAGCUGUGUGGUACGAUCAGCAUGUGAUCGACGAACUAAUGAAGUCCAAACUUUUAUUCAUAGAGACGAACGAUGCUUUGGAAACAUCAGUAGCUCUGGAGAAGUAUGUCGAUGCAUGCGAUAGCGGUCGUGGUGCAUGCCUUUUCUCGGUUGCUCGAGGAAAGGUUUCGGAGGGAAUCGAUUUCAGUCAUCAUCUUGAGAGAAUGACUUUCUCACAUUUGACGCCAAUGCGUCACACCGCACAAUGUAUGGGACGGGCACUUCGAGGCAAGACAGAUUAUGGUCUCAUGAUUUUUGCAGAUAAGAGGUUUUCACGUCAAGAUAAACGCGGUAAACUUCCUCGCUGGAUGCAAGAAUAUUUGGAGACGGCAUCAACAAAUUUGAGUAUUGACGAGGCCGUGCAGUUGGCUCGACGAUGGCUGACACUGAUGGCUCAACCAUUCACAAAGGCUGAUCAGCUGGGUAUUUCGCUUCUCACUUCCGACAUGUUAAAUCCGAAAAAUAUGAAAAAGUUUGAAAAAGUGGUCGAACAUGUUGAUUAA